UGAGAUUAAUGAAUGGAAGAAAAACCAACCACGAGUCGUCGUCGUGCGGGAGAAACCAUCUUAAAGAGAGCUCUCCGGCUUCGUCAGUUGCAAGCGGGUCUGCGUGGUUUUCUUUAAAUAUUUCCCUUUCCCUGAAUUUACUAGUGUUAUUAAAACAUGACUGAAAUCGAGCAACAAUACAUGGAGACCUCGGAAAACGGCCACGAAGUCGAUGACUUUAAUGGAGGCGGCCAGGCCGGGGAAAACGCCUGCGGUGAAGCAGGGCCCGACGACAAUUCGCGAAACGGCGGCACGGAAGGGGGCCAAAUAGACGCAAGCAAAGGCGAAGAAGAUGCAGGGAAAAUGUUUGUCGGUGGCCUUAGCUGGGACACAACCAAGAAGGAUCUUAAAGAUUAUUUCUCCAAGUUUGGCGAAGUGUCGGACUGCACGAUCAAAAUUGACCAGCAGACGGGCCGAUCACGAGGCUUCGGUUUUAUUCUUUUCAAAGAUUCAGCCAGUGUAGACAAGGUUCUGGAACAAAAGGAACAUAGGCUCGAUGGGCGACAGAUUGACCCUAAGAAGGCUAUGGCCAUGAAGAAGGAUCCAAUCAAGAAAAUAUUUGUUGGGGGGCUUAACCCAGACACGGCGAAGCAGGUCAUCGAGGACUACUUCAAAGCAUAUGGAGAGAUUGAGACGAUCGAGCUGCCCCAAGAUCCAAAGACUGAGAAGAGGAGGGGUUUUGUAUUCAUCACCUUUCAAGAGGAGGCUCCUGUGAAGAAAAUCUUGGAGAAAAAGUUCCACAACGUUGGUGGAAGCACAUGCGAAAUCAAAAUAGCCCAACCCAAAGAGGUCUACCAGCAGCAGCAGUUUAACGCCCGCGGAUAUGGUGGCGGAGCACGUGGCGGCAGGGCCCGUGGAGGCGGGGGCCAAAACUGGAAUCAAGGCGGCGGAUACAACAACUACUGGGGGGGCCAAGGUGGUUACAACCAGAACUAUGGAGGCUACGGGCAGCAAAGCUAUGGAGGCUAUGGCGGCUACGGCGGCUAUGACUACUCAGCCGGUGGUUAUUACGGCUAUGGGGGUGGCUACGAUUACAGCCAUGGCAAUUCAAGCUAUGGGAAAACUCCAAGACGUGGCCACCCGAGUAGCUACAAGCCAUACUGAUCACACGUAGUGCAGGUCUAAAGUAAAUAAGAAAAGAGAUCCAUGGUCUGACCACAGCGAACAUGGGCUCUGGCUUUUCCUUUGGAGUUGGCAGAAAUUUGGACUCAUGCUCCAUUUGUACAGAUCAAGUGAGGAAUUGGGGAAGCAAAAUGUCACUUUUCCACUUUUAUUUUAUAUUGUUUUGUGUCCAUUUACAUUUCCAGCGAUGGAAGUGUUAUUUUUACUGUACUUUUUGGUACCUUUUUGAAUCUAAUGUAUUGUAUGGUUGUAUUUUUACAUGUCUACUAGAUUUACAAACAGGAGCAAGAGCUUUUGAAGCUCGCAAAUAAAACAAUUUAGCUUUUU